GUCCUUCCAUGGGAAUAGAAUACCAGCCUCAAAAACAUCACUUUUGCAAACUGUGUUCUGCAUAGGAAUUGGUUUCUUUGUGGCCAUGAAAUACAGUCAUGCUACAGCCUGCACACAGAAAGACAUUGCUUACAAAUUAUGAGAAGAUCUCAAACUGAAUGAGUGGUAAGACUAUUUCCUGAGAGGAGCAUUCUGAUCAAACCAGAAUAUGUCUAAAAACUUCAGCAUGCAGGUAAGAAUAUCACAUCUGGUCCUACCUUUCUAGGUGUUAAGCACUGAAGGCCCCAUUAGACCUUCAGAAGACCCUCCAGGUCUUGUUGAUUCAGACCUCUUACAGGCACACUAGUAAAUAGGUUGAGGAAAGAUUUCAGAAUUCUUGACCAUCUCCACAUCUUUUCAUGGAUUAACUGUUACUGCUGCUUUUUCAAUUUGCAGCAGAUUACCAGCAGAGAGAAAGAGGGAGAGAAAGAAAAGAAAAAAAAAAUAAAAAUCACAGAAUAAUCUUUAUUUGCACACCAAAACAACUUAAGUUCAAUUUGCAAAGAAAAAAAAAAUUGCAAUCCUUUAUUCAAAGUACUUUUCUCCUAUCCAUUUUCGAAGUAUAGGAAGAAGAUUCAUGAGAGACAUUAAAAGCAGAAACAGUGAACCACUGGGAUAGAUUGUGUUGAGAGGCUGUGGAGUCCCCAUUACUAGUGUUUGAUGUUUGUCUUAUCUCACCUAAGAUAAGACAAACAUUCAUAGGGAAUGACAUAGAUGGUGUUUUUGCCCUAAGAAAAGGAAUAGCUGGCCUCUUGAAGUCUCUUCCAGACUUCUGCCUUCUUCCCCUCCCUUUUCCUUGUGAUUUAUGGCUCCUUGGGGUUUCUGCCUGCCCUCUUCUAUUUUCUUGACAGCAUAUUAUGGAGGACUUGCACGUAAUUGUUGACUACUUGAGUGCAAUAAGCUGUUUUUGAUUUUCUUUGAUUUUCUGACUGCAUUUGGUUAAAUAUCUGAAAUAGCAUGUGACCUUGUUAAACCACACUCCAGUAAACUGUAGAUAAAGAAUAUAAUUUUGUACUUAGAGUUUGGCAAAGGACAAACUGAUCCCAUGCCACUGUCCCGCCAAGGAAAGAUGUGGUACGCUUGAGGUGAAGGUCCUUGGAGCUCACUCAGAGGCCUCAGAGAUGCUUCCUGUGCCACUAAGUAUAUGGGGCUGGAUCACAGGGAGGGUAUUAAUGACAGGGUUGUUUGGGUGGUCUUCUCUGUUACUAGGCCUGGCUAGUUGGCAGACUAUGCCAAUCCUCAGUCAGCAAACAACGAAGGGAAAAAGAAGGGACAGCACUUCUUUCCAUGGUAGGUGAACCAUGCAUUUCACUCUGCCCCAGAGCCUGCUUGAAGCUAAGUUUCUGAUGAGUCUUAAAGCCAAAGGGACUGCUGCGGCCUCCUGUCAUGUUAGAAAGGUAAGAUCCAUUCUCCAAAGAAGUGUUGUGUAUGAAGAUCUUAGAAUGCCUUUUCCUGAAUAAUUUUACAAGACUUUCAGAGUAAAACUUGAGGGUUAUUCUCUCUUUUAUGUGUAUGGGCUUGCAUGUGUGUAAAUACGCCCUUAGGUAAGGAGCACUCCAGGCCAGGGCUUGGUGCUGCCACUCUUACGCAGUCCUCUGACAUUGUCUAAAGCAUUUGCCACAGAUAAAGCAAGAAGGCCUCAGGAGGGUGUAUAGAUCUUGACCCCUUGCUACCUUCACACCGCCUCACAUGGCAUUACUCCUGAUAAGAAAACAUCUCACUGCAGCCACAAGUGACAUGCGUCUUUGCUGUAAGCAGUAGUGCGAUCAGCCUGUGACAAGGUUUUUCUGCAGUCAGCACAGGUGGAGGAGGUCAGCUUAGAAACCCUUCUAUUACCUGACCUCCCUCCCCUUGUGCCCGGAGCACCUAUUGAUAGCAACAGAUACAGGCUUAACAGCAUGGGCACCCGGGUUUAAGACAGUUGACAGCCCUGCGUGUUGGAUUUCCUAUCACAAAACUGACCUUACGAAUCAGCUACAGAAAAAAAUAAAUAAUAAAAAAAAAAAUAGAGUUAAAGUGGAAAAAAGGAGACUUCGGUGCGGUGAAGGUUUAUAUUUAUAUCUGGCUGCCGUGAAGGAACCAGUGCCUGAAGCUGUCAGUUGAACGGUUGCACUCGCUGAGACCAAGUGUCAACGUCUGUGCAGGGGGGGUUAUUUUUCUGCCAGUACAGACCAGGGCUCCCCUAUAAUUAGAGGUGGCAUGGGGUGAGGUCCUGCCACAAUCAUGAGUUCACUCUGGCUCCUCACUCAAAAAUAGGAUUUGGGGAAGCGGGGAGGUGCGUGGGGGUAUAUCGCCAGUUCUCGUUUUUUGCACAAGAUGCACCUAACAGAGGAGCACAGGGCAUGAUUGAUAUCUGCUUGAAGCAAGCUGGGUUUUAUUUUUUUUUCUGUCCUUAACCAGACCUGAAAAGCAGUCCCAGGCUGUGGCUUCAGCAACCGGCAGCGUGAGGCCAGCUGAGUUGUGUGGACUCCCACAAAGGGUGUCUUGCUUCCGGCAGAUGUCCCAGAUACCAGGCCAUUUGAUCCCACCACAAAAAUAGUUGCGUAAAAUAUUGUGCGUUGGCUCUGGCCUGACAGCGAUGGGACUGUUCCGCUUCGCUGGGCUGGUGGAAACAUCCAGCGGGGCUGUGGCUCCUGUCCAGCAAACCUUCUCCCUCCAUGGGGCAGCGAAGCGCCUCUGCAAGAACGAGAAAGGGAAGGCACCGGGGAGCUCUCCCUUCCUUUCUGCAAGUCAGGCUUUUAAAAACGGGCACAUACUUUCCUAGCUGAGUGCUCGCACCUAGGUUUGUUGCCAGGAGGGAUGGAAGAGAGAGUGCCGCAUAGCCUAAGGCCCCUGGCACAUUUCAGGAUUGUUGCUAUGCCUUCAGGAAAAUACGGACCGCCAGCCAAAUCCUCAGCUGGUGCUGACUGGCACAGACCUGCUAUCUGCAGCACGGGGAGGCCGAUUCGCACCUGCUGAGAGUCUGGCCCAGGAGAAAAAGCAUAAAAGAAGCAGGUCCUUUUGCACUGUGCUUCACAAGGUGUUGAGGAACCCCCACCCAGAGCUGAGACUGCUGCUGGUCUUCACAGUGUCGCUGGGAGCAGGGCUGCGAGUCUGCAGAAUUUUAAGCCGCAGUGAAUGCUAUUGAUGGCUGCACACAUAUAUUUCUCAAAAUAAAAAUCAUGCCACAAAUCAUCCCAAUUCCACAAAAUAAUCCCACAUGGGCAGUGAAAUCAUGCAAGAAUCCUGCUUCCGAAGACAAAAUGUUCUUAGCCAGAAGAGGUUUUCUGUUUUGUUCUGUGGUUUCAGACCUAUCUGAAAACUGGCUCUGCUCGCCUUGUCCUUCAUCCUGGUUUUAUGGGACAAGUACUGUCAAAAUGAGCUGUGAAAAGGGCACCACAUCCAGAGAAGCGACAAAUGGAUACAAGCACCAGUGAACUGGUGGGAGCACAGCCCUGUAGUCUCAGCCACUGCCUGUGACAAGGCCUUGCAGGCAGCGUGGAGUAAAUUAACUCUCCUUGGAAAGUUCAGGCAUGCUGCAGCCACAUGGGCAUGCAGAACCCAAACUUGUCUCCAUCACCAUGUACUGAGAAGUGUACUUGAGAUGUGCAGACUAUGCAAAACAGGUGUCAGCUCUUCCAACCCAAGCUAGAAAACAUUGCUGUUACUUAUGUCAAAUAUGAGUUCAAGCUGGAAACCUGAAAAAUGAGCACUCCCAUUCUCCUGCUACCUGAUAAGCUGUCCUCUGUCAGUGUCUGGUGUCUAGUGUCUGUUAAUACCCUUCAGUUUGUUUGCAAGGCUGGAUGCAACUGUAAGCUGAUCUGGCUCCUGACUGCAGCAGCACAUGGCUUUUACCUCUUUUCCAGCCUAAAAGAAACAGUAUUUUGUGGUGUGCUAGCAGUUUGUUUAUUUUAUUUUAUUUUAUUGGUUGCUUUAGAAGAAUUUCUGACCACAGUAGGUUUUCCCAUUUUCUAGGAGCUGCAUUGCAGUGGAACAAUGGAAGAAUGAGAACUGGGGAGAAAAUGAUAGGCCUACAUAAAUUAGAAAAGAAAUAAACUAAAUUGACCGUGAACACAAAAGCAACCAUAUAAGGUUGGAAGAAAAGCUUAUUCACUCAUGUGUUCUGUCUCUGACCUGUGCUCAGACCAGAGGAAGCACAUGCUCCUGGGGCAUCCUCCAAUCUAAAAGCUCCUGGCUACCAGUCAGGCUCAGAGACUUCCCAUGCUAGAGGUUGCUGCCUCUCUACAUCCAGCAACCCUUUUAAGGACUUCCUUCCAUGGUUUUGGAAAAUUGCUUGUUGAGCCUCUUUAUAUUUGUCCUACAUAAAGCACCUCAUGAUGGAUGAGUUCCACCAUUUUACAUUGUGAGGAACAACAUGUUCUGUUAUUUGCUUGUAACAUUGCAGUCUGUAAAUAAGGACAGAGUGAGGAGUUGCCAUUUCUCAGCCUGAUGCAAAAGCACAGAAGCACAAAAAGAAAGAAAGAAACAACAAAAACACAGGAAAACCUAUUGGACUGUAACAACACCCAGAAGAGAAAACAAAACAAAACAACAAGAACAACAAAAACAGGGACGGAGUGAAUUUGGCUAUGCCAUGGAGCAUAACAUCCAGUUAUAAAUGUUCUUGCUAGGCUCAACCCAGGUUAGAGGGGUACAGGGUGUCACGACCUGGUACAGCUAGGUGAGUCACUGACUGCAGGGAUAUCAGCACUAUUGAUCAGUCUUACUGCAUCUGUGCCUAAAGGUCCUAAUUUGCAUCUGAUCGUCAUUUUCCAGGUGCCCUAAACAAACAGUGAAAAGACAGAUCAGCUUCUGAGGGCUGGCCUCUGAAAUACUAAUUGAGCGAGAGCUGGCAGGUACAAGGUGCACAAGGCUAUUGAUACCCACCAGAUUUCUUUUGCUACUUCUAGACUUGCUGGACACCUGAGCUCAGACACCCCAGGUUUUGGGAACACACGUAAGACUGUAACCAGAAAAAUUAGAAGUUCUCACUGGUUUCUUAGCCCCUUACAGUGCUUGCUCAGAAGCAGCCACUGCCCUGGGAAGGAGCCAGGCCACCACACCAGCUAGGUGCAUGCCUCCUUGAGCUGUCCAGGAGGUGUUCAGUCAAAGCUGAAACUCUUUUUUUAUCAACACCAGCCACUCAGAAAGACAGCAAAAGAGGCUUCUGCAUUUUAGCCAACAUGCUUCCCUGGUGUCAUGGUUUUGGCUGGCAUAGAGCUAUUUUUCUUCACAGAGGCUUGUGUGAUGCUGUGUUUUUGGAUUUUUGAUUAAAACAGUGGUGAUGACACACUGCUGGUUGCAGAGCAGUACUUACAUUAAGUCAAGGACCUUUCAGCUUCUCAUACUGCCCUACCAGUAUGGUACUGUCUUUAUCUCCACCCGUGAGUUCUCACUCCAUUACUUCUCCAAUUCUCCCUCCCAUCACACCUGGGGAGAGGGAGAGAGCAGCUCUGUGGUGCUGACCAGCCUGCUGGGGCUAAACUACAACACCUGGUUAAGUGCAUAAAUGGGAGGGUGCCCAGUUCUCUGUCUUUGCUCUUUGCCUUCACUGAAGCUGUUGCCUUACAGUGAAGAAAAGUCAAGCAUCUUCCUUUGCAAACUGCAGUGUGUUUUGAAAAAUAAUGUGUAUUUCCUUAGUAAUGAUGAAAGCAUUAUAUAUGUGUGUUCAUUGAUAGAUCAGAAUAGGAAUAGGUCUGUCACUUUAAAAAUCUAGACCCCGUGAUAAUCCUUACAUCUGCUCUUGGACAUCAAAAUCUACUGUUUGCACAGUACCUUUGUUUAUGAAGCAGGGUGCAGAAACACUAAUCAAUCUAGUAGGAAGCUCUAAAAUGUAAUAAUGCUUUGAUGUGUUGUGGAAAAAAGUUUGCAGCAAGAUUUGUGUUUCUACAGUCAAGAACGUGAGAGUACAUCUAGAUCAUCAGAAGCUUCCACAGUGAUUUUACUGUGUAAAGAGAAAAAGCAAUGGGACAAGGUACGUGAAGACCAAUAAUGUGCCCUCAUGUGGGCGCCCUCAUGUGGGAGCGGUGCUUGGGGAGAAAAACUUCAUUGGCUCUCCAGCUGAAAACAGUUCCAGCUAAACUGUGGUCCAAAAGGCACUCAAGGAGAGAACAAAGCAGUGGCUGGAACUUGCAAAGAGAACUGUCUUAACUUUCAGUUUAUCUUGUUCUUACACCUUUUACAGUCUAUUUCCUCCUACACACAGCCUGAGGAAGAUGCUGAAGUUAACUACAGGAUAACAUUUGCAUAAUAUAAGGAACUAUACAAACAAAACUCUCAACUCUUUGUGUGCUCAGCCUCCAAAACAAGAGGCAGCUAAUUUCCUUGAUAGAGAGGGAAUCUAUUUUAUGUAAUUAUUCAUUUUUUUUUUUACUAAAUGGGUAUGCUCAUAAAAGACAGUGGUUUACCAUAGGUAAAAGGGUGAAUAACUUCUUGUUUUAUUGCUGUGGGAUCACCAUAGGGGUCUGCAGGUCAAUUGAGAACCCAGGACAAUGCAGAAACAUGGUUUUCCAUGUGUUGGUUUCCAAAUAAAGGACAAAAAUCUCUAGUUCAUGUGGGCUAGACCGAGGCAUAUAGACAAGGUCACUUCACUAUGGGAUGCCACAGAGGUUUUCUGCUCAGAAAGACCAAGAGGAGCUACUGCACAUGGUUCUUUUUCUUACGUUGGGAUUAGGUGCACACACGAUGGGAUCUAUCCGGGCUGGUAAUUUUCAUUAGAAGCUUGGUAUUUAUAAAACUGUACAAUUGGUGUGUAUUAAACUUGCCCCAAUUUACUCCCUUGGAACAACAGCUUGAACUAUGUGUCUUAAAAAGGCUUUCUUAUAGUGUGUGUGAAUGUGUGUAUAUGCCUGACAAAUAAUAAUAAUGAAAAAAUGCACUAGAACUGAAGGUAUUGAAAAGGAAUCCCAUAAACUGUUUUUACACACAGCAGCUGUGUUUGGUCUCUUUAGCUCUAUUUUAAUUUCUGACCAGUAGCUUCAAAUCUAUCAGUGCAAGAUUCUUGUUCUUUCAGCUAUUCUUUAAAAUUCUCCUUCAAGUCUAGGCACCAGCAUUUUCUUCUGUUCUCCCCUCUUUCCACAUAUUUCUGUAUCAGACACGUUGUAUUUGUUCAGCAAGACAGCUAAAGUCACUGCUUUUAAAGCUUGUACUAUGCAUUACACUCUCACACUUGACUGUCAUUUUAAAUAAAACUUUGUUCUUCACAUACUCAGAGACGAUGAAAGGGACAAUUUGGCUGCAAAACUACACAGUUUGGAAUCAGAUGGAGAGCUCCAUGUCUGAGUUUCAAUUUACCUUCAUCCACCAUCUUUUGGGGGUUUCUGGGUCUAGCUGUAAUCCGAGCAGCUCAUUUUGACAGAUUUAGAAUGUUUCAUACAGUAAUUGGAAUUUCACUGCUUUAAUGUCUUCAUUCAAACAGUGUCUCUGAUCAUGGCACUGGAAAGGAAGUCUUAUGCUAUACAUAGCUUUAUGUGAAAAAAGGAGGUUUAUAUGAUUAUGGUAAUAGUUCAUAAAAUCUAGCAGACAAAGAAUAAUUUAGAAUUCAUUUAUUCAUAACAGCAGAAGUUAAUAUUCUUCUUGCCUACAAAAGAGCUUCAGACAUUAUUAAUCUUUUCUCCCAGAUUUCUACUAUUCUGCAGAACUAGUUUCGUUUGCUUCGAUGUUACAGAUGCCUUAACUUUUUUUUUUUUUUGUACUUUUUAGUCUCUUCAAAAUACUGUUUUUCCUUAAAUAAAUAAUGCUGAUUCCAUUAAGAUGGUAUCAAAGUUGUCUUCCAAUUUUCCUGCAGAUUUAUGUAGGAAUUUGAAUAGAACACUGCAUUCUGCUCUCUGUUCUGCACCUAAUCAUUUUAUUGGUAUAGAAUAAAUCACUUCCCUACAACGGAGGAUUUAAGCAAUUUAGCAUAUCCCUUCAUAAUCUGAGAAUUUCUUUUUAAUGGUCUAUCUGCUUGGGGAACAGGGGAAUAGUGUGUGUGUGUCUGUUUCUGUAUGUUAUUCGUAUUAUUUUAUUAAAACACCAUUUUUUUCUUUUUCUUUUUUUCUCAUCCUUUUAUUUUUCCUCUUUUUUUUUUUUUUUUUUUUUUUCCUUCUGGUGAUUCUCCUCUAUUUCUUCAUCUCUGGCCAAUCUACGAUACUUCAAACCUCCCCAAAUGCAAUUUUAAGCUGAGCUCAUAGCAGGCUGGCAGCAGCCUCAAAUACUUAACUAGUUACUUGGGACCAUUUCUGUACUCCCUUGGCCUGACUUUGUCGAAACCCUUCCAACUGAAAGCAGAAAAAAUUUGGCAUGCAGCCACAAGAGAACUGAAAAGCAAAGACCAUAGGCACAAUGUCAGAUUAAUCUCUGUGUUAACUUCACUGGAGCACUAUGUCUGGAACAUAUUAAUACAAUUUUGCUGUGUGAUCUGUCAGUUGCAUGCUAUCAUUCUAAAGAGUGGCUCUUUAAAACCUUGUCCUCCAGGUUAAAUGAAUUUAACAAUAGUGAACUGGGAUCAUAGGAGAUGUUUGUCCUUAGAGGUGUCUGUGGUGGAAAUCUGCAGCUUUUGGUGCUUGGUCCAAUGCUUUUUCGCAUUUUUAUCGGUGAACUGAAAAUACAGGUAAAAUUUCUGUUGAUAAAAUUUGUUGAUGACAAAAGGAACUGAGAUUCUUCUGGGGAAAUAUAAGUAUAGAGAAGUCAGGCAGAAAAUUUCACAACGGCAAUCUGGCCAUUUGCCUUUUUGCUAAUGAGGUGUAUUGAUAACAGGAAUCUCUGGCUGUGUGUGCACGCAUAUGAUAUUUUUUAUUGUUUUCCCUCAGGAACUGGAACUCAAGGUUAGAGGUAACAAACUUCUUUCACAUAUAUUAUUAUAUAGUAUAUACAAGUAUAUUGUUAUGACAUAUGUUAAAAUUUGGUGAUCUGUGGCGAGCUUUGUGUUCACUUAUUCUGCCUACAAAGUGCAUAUCUGGAGAGGGCUUUGUCCUUUUGCUCAGAUAGGAGUUGGAAGAGACCACCUGUUCAACCCUUGAAGACUCUCAGGUAUGUGCCCCACCUUCCAUGGCAAUCUUUGCAGCUUUGGACACUUGUCUAGUCUGAGCUGUUUUUGUUUAUGGUUUUGUUGAGCUCAUGACUAGGGAGCAAUGCCCUAGUAACUUUAAGGGAAGUGACCUUCUGGUUCAUUCAUUGUCACAUUCAGACUAGGAGGAGGAGAAACAAAAAAGCUGUCAUCAUCACAGCUGAACUGUAAUAAUUUUGAGUUAUAGGGGAAAAAAAGAGGUGAAUUCCUGACCUCAGAAUUUAUGGAUGUUUGGCAAUUCACUCUAACAAAAUAUUGCCUUCAUUCUGAGGCUGUCAGCUUUACCUAGUCACCUUAGAGAAGGUUUACAUUGCUCAGUUAAAAUAUAUAUGUGUAUAUAUGUAUAUAUUUAAUGCAAUUAAAAGGAAAAAAAAAGUUCGUUUCCAAAUACAUGUUUUGCUAUAGAAAAGUCUUUCCAGAAUGUAAGAAAAAUCCCCACCAACAACAUGCACAUCUAUCCCCUGCCUCCCUGUGGUGAUAUCUCCUGCCUCAUUUCUUUUGUGCUUUCCUUGCACUGGCAGCACUACUGGCAUUCCUGCUCAGGCAGCCCCCAAACAGGCCACCUUCAACAAGAAAAAAUAAGGCAAUUCCUAUAGAUGAUUGGCAUUUGCCUAAAAGGCAGAAACAGCCUCCAAUGGUUUGGCUGGGGAUUAUAAUGGCAUCCUCACUCCCCAUUCCCAUCUCAUUAGCAUCUUGUGGCACUUCAAAACCAGCCAGAGGUAUGGCUCUGGUGCUACCCUGGUAGGGUGGGAUGCCUAUAUCCCACCCCUGGCAGCAGCAAAGGGUGGCAUUGGGUGUUUGUUUGUUUGUUUGUUUGUUUGCUAUUUCAGUCUUGCCUGGAUCCCCACUGCUAGCAGUGCCCUUUGCACAAAACCUGCCAAGGGGCAAAUGAGUUUUCUUCAUUAACAGCAUAAUUGAUGAGGAAUUAUGGACAGCUCAGCAGGAAGAGCAAAGGCCAUGAAGAUGAGCAAAAGCACUGCAUGCACAGCAGUAACCGCAAGGUUUUCCUCCUGGAAGAGGCAGACCUUCACCAAGCGGUGUACUGUGACAGGCAGCAAGACCAGAAAAUACAUUCCUGGGGGCUGAAGGUCUAGUGACCCCCAUACCCGCCCCGCAGAACAUGGCGUUGCCGCCUGGCCGCGGUGUUCUUGGUGAGGACUAUGACACUGGUGCUGAGGUGGACAAUCCGCAGGCGAGGCACAGGGCGUGCCUGCCACCUCCAGGGACACAACAGGGACAGUGCCACCACCAGUGCCGCCGCCAGCACCACCGCCAGCACCGCCGCCUCAUACAGCAGCAAGAUGUCUGGGGUAGAAGACGCUUUCCAUAAAUUCGCAGUAUAUGGUGACACAGCUGCCAGCGGCAACGAGAUGACCGGGAAAAACUUUUCCAAGAUGUGCAAAGAGUGUGGGGUGAUGGAUGGAAAAGCUGUGACCAGCACUGACGUGGACAUAGUAUUCAACAAAGUCAAGACCAAGGGUGCCCGCACCAUCACCUUUGCUGAGUUCCAGCAGGCCAUGAAGGAGCUCUGUGGUAAGCGCUUCAAGGGCAAAUCACCAGAGGAAGCACUGCAGGCUGUGUAUGGCCUCAUCGAGGGGAAGGAGCCGGGUAGUGCAGGCACCACGAAAGCCACCAAGGUUGGUGGGGUUGAGAGGCUGACGGACACUAGCAAAUACACUGGCAGUCACAAGGAGCGCUUCGAUGAGAGUGGCAAAGGGAAGGGUCUUGCUGGCCGUGAGGACCUGACUGACAACAGCGGCUACGUUGGUGCCUACAAGGGAGCAGGCACUUACGACAAGACACACUAGGCAUGAAACUUCUAGGAAAGCAAGGACUUUCUUCCCCUAUUACUUGGGAGGAGAGGCAAAUAAAUCUCAUGCAACUGGC